CUCUCCGGGACCUUCUUAGAAAGGAAAAAAAAUUCCUGUAAGCUCUCUCUCUCUCUCAGUUUGAAUUUCAUAGUGGAAAAAUGGUGAUCACAUCAUCUUCCAGAACCAGAUCGAGCGGGCCGGUGCUACGCUCUCUGUCGCCGUCAGGCCGUUUCUGCAAUUCGUACGUGAACUCCGUGGCGUCUUCGUCGUCGUCAGCUUUCGCUUCUUCCACCAGCUCCAGUUUCUCAUCUCCGUCGGCGGCCUUCUUCAGCAGCCAUGAUCAGCACGACUUUAAAUACACGACGGCUCCGCCGACGCAGUCUUUUCGGUUUUCCAUCGAUUCCAGAUCCAUAUCUCCGAACAGGUCUAUCGCAGUUUCAAAGCCUAGCAGACACCAGAUUUCGGAGCAGAGGAAAAGGUGUAUGUGCUCGCCGACGACGCAUCCGGGAUCGUUCCGAUGCAGUCUCCACAAGAACGUGGCGAAUCCUCACGGUCAAGGUGCGGCGUCGUAUCCGUCGAACCGGUUGAACAUGCGUCGAUCGGCGAUGACGAAUUCUCUGGUGAGAAUCGGCGGAGUUGAAGGAGAGUGGGUGAGGAGAGCUUUGACGGCACUUAUCCGUCCGUCGUCGCACCAUCUGAGAAGACGAGCUGCAUUUCAGCCUCGUCCUAGCAAGCUCUCAGUCAUGUCGCAAGCCGACGAUCAGUGAUCGGUUUUAUAGAUCCGAUCAAUCAGGUUUGUUCCUCUUUUUGAACCGGCCACAGGGAAACUUUUCUGGUAUACUAAAGGUCCAAGGGCGAUGGAUCCUGCGAAGAUGUCUGGUUCUGAAGCGAGCGAAGACUCGGAUCUGCCAGAGCGAGUCGAGUCAAGGGGUUUCCGAGUCAAGACCGGCGAGAUCUGCGGCUGAGUUAACCCGGACCGAGUUUUGUAAACGGGGAUGAUAAGGGACAGUUGAGUUUAUUUUUCUUGGGUGGAGAUGUGAGAUGCAUUGUACAUACACUCAUAUUGGUAUUGAAGCCCAAAAAUUCGCACUCCCUAAAAUGACUUAAAAUCAAUCAGAACGCUUCAUAAACUGCUUUGGUUUCCCCGUCGUGUGUUAACUCUCGCCGUCCCCCGUCCCGUGUGUCGUUACAGUCGCCGUUUCGUCCGUUAAGACUUCUGUUAUCUCCAGGUUUGCGCCCGUUGUGCGAGGUGUUCGUACGGUGGAUCUGUUGGAACUACGCUGCGUAAUCUUUGGAAAAUCAGCGAAACCUUUAGAAAAUUUUAUCCAAAGGCUUAUGGGAGAUCUGACGAAUGAAACAACCAACCUGGACACUGACAGACAUUAAGAGAUGGACAGUUUCAUGGAUUGAAAAUUGAUAAUCUGGACUCCAAAUUAAAACCCAGAAUUUCUGAAAAGAUUCUAAGAGAAGAGACAAUGGGGAAAAACAGGACAAAAUGUGACGUUUCGGGAAUAGGAAAAAGCAGUGUUGUGGGGGUUUGAGAAAAAGGACAGCUGGGGUUUUGAAUGGAUGAAAGCUAGCGAACAACCCUACGGGAAUAUUUUAUGGGUUAAUUAAAUCGAGAAAAUACUAAAAAUUUGGUUCUCUCAAAUACAUAGAGAGAGCUACAGAAUGGCAUACGCGUAACUAGGGGUGGACAUAAUAUCCGAAUCAAAUAGAAAAUUCGGAUAUCUGGAAUUCACGGAUCGAAUACGGAUAUUCAUUUUAAAAUAUUUGACGGAUACGGAUAUCAUGAACGAAUUAUCCGACUUAUCCGAUCCGAUCUAUAUUUUUUAAUAAUUUGAUUAAAUAUAGAAUAAUUUUAUAAUUAAUUUAUACUUAUGGGGUCAUUUUGAAAAACGUAAAAAAUAUACUAGGGUUUUCUCAUUUUCACCCGUUCAUCAAAAACUCAAAUCACUCCACCUCUUCACUUCAUCUCUCUUCCUCACUUCUUCUCCUCUUUCGUUGUUGUUCCUCAUCAUUUUUUUUCACCAUUUUUUCGUUUUGUUUCUCUUUUGUUAUUUUAUUUUGAUUAUUGAUGGGUGAAUUUUGCAUUAGGACUAGAGCUUAUUUGUUUUUGUUGGGAUUAAUCUUGUCUUCCAACAGAUUCGACCGAAGACUAGCACAAUUUCUGUUUUGCAGUUUUAUUUAUUUGUGUUGUAAAAGUCUGUAUAAGUUUCGAAACACUUUCUAUAGCAUAAUAUUUUAUUUCUUA